AUGAUCACAUAUCCACAUUGGUCUAACGAGACCGAUGGUGACGUCGACUAUGAGUCGAGCGGCGCGGCCGAUCAGGAGACGAGGAAGCCGACAGGCUCACCGUAUACGAACGAGGCGAUAGAGGACUCGGCGAUCGAGGAAGACUCCGCGCUUGACGCUGGUCUCUCAUCACCAGUCGCUCUAGGAUGUCCAAACGGGUCUUCAGGCGGUCAUACCCCUGACGGUCCCUCGCCCUCACAUCGCGCAGAUCCGAGUCCAGCAGACUCAGCCGCGACUGAACAGCAGCAGGGUAGGCAGCCGCGAGUAGGUGGGCGUAAUCGCCACUCCUAUCGGGCGCCACCUGUGUUGGUGGACACGGAAGGGAAUACGCGCUUCCUUGUUGGAAGGCUGUUAGCCCACCGGUUUGUGAAGCGAAAGCUCCAAAUCCUUGUCCAGUGGAAGGGUUACCCAACGAGCUUUGACUCGUGGGAGCCUGUGGACGCUUUGCGCGUCGAUGUGCCUGGGCUGGUGGAUGCUUAUGUGAAGCAGCACCAGCUGUCGUCUUUCUGCUAG